AUGAAGGUCAACGAACCUGUGGUCGAACAUGUGUACACGCCAACUUUUUACUUCGACCAACUCCCCAACAACAACAAACACUCUUUGUCACAGAACAGCACAACAACAAACUCGGACUCGGACUCGGUGACCAAACCAACAAGGGCGCAAUGGUAUCGAGCCGCAGUAGCGCCUGUUGCCUUUGACGAGGCCACCUUCUGGCAGGUCCUGGAACGGUGGAUUCUGGAAGCACCGUCGAUCAUCCCGCCGAUCUCCAAGGUGGAAAUCUUACAAACAGUAGACGCCACAGCGGCAGAUCAGGAUACCAAAACCUCGAUGGAUGAACAAGGUCAUCCGACAAAUCAUCAUGAAAGAGAACUGGCUUUGUUGGACGGACUGGUGCCGUUCAAGAGUGUCCGUCGUCAAUUGAUCCCCAAGCGAGCGGACAAGGAUCCCGUCAUGGAGGAGCAGCUUUACUACUGUUGCGAUGCCCGUAUUCAGGAACAGGAUGAGAAUGUUGACACUUCAACAGGACAAGGGGGCCCAAGGGUCACUAACCAGGCGAUAUUUGCACCCAUCAUUUCGCGUACUGCCGCAACUACCGAAGCCAAGGCUGAUUUGAAACAGGAGGCAGAAGAGGAUGUGAUCAAGAUCUUGACGGAGGCUUUGCCGUUUUACUACCCAAAAGUGCGGGGGUUUCGGUACGGGUAUCGGUUUGACCCUGAGGAGGCUCCUGAGGACAAGGAGGAUCAUCACGACGACAGUCAUAACCGUAAUCAGGACGACAGUGAGAAGGAUCAGGAUGGUCAGGGCAAGCAAGGACAAGGGGGUGAAGAGAAACAAUCGACCCCAGCACCAGUACCGGCACCGAAAAAGAAACAUGCACCCAAGAACCGGAUCAUUAGUCGACGGACAGGGUGGCUCUCACUCGAUCUGUAUCUGAAUGGUGACGAAGGAGAGUUCACCGACAAGAUUCAAUACGUGUUCAAGGAACUGUUUAAGAAACUUUACAAAUGGGGCAACAACACCACAAAGGGGUUCACAAAGAGCAGAGUCCAACACGACGUCAUGGUCCCCAAGGACCUGUAUCUCAGGACCUAUGCCAGGAUGAAGGAGACCCAUGCUCAGAAAUGGGUAAAGUCCUGGCCGGAGCGGACGGACCCGACCAAGUUUGUCUUUGAGGAUAUUGCGAUCGCAGCCUGGUUGGUCGCCCUUUGGGAGCUUGAACGGGAAUCAGCUGUAGCUGAUGUUGAUGGGACGACUGGAUCAGACAAGGCGAGCAGGAAAAAGCAAACGUUUGUGGAUCUGGGGUGUGGGAAUGGGUUGUUGACGCAUAUCUUGAACGAAGAGGGACACAAAGGCAGGGGUAUUGAUAUUGUGUCGAGGAAAGUCUGGGAUAUAUAUGGACCCAACACCGAGCUGAAAGCUGAAACCCUGAUCCCGAACGAGACCAUGUACGAGGACGUAGACUGGAUUAUCGGUAACCAUGCUGAUGAGUUGGCUCCUUGGGUGCCCAUCAUCGCUUCGCGCUCCAAACCUCUCACUAGGUUUGUGGUGAUUCCUUGCUGCUUCUUUGACCUGAAUGGCAGUCGGAAGCGGAAACAUGACAGCAGCGAUAAUACCGUCGCGCGAGAAGAAGGGUCUGGCAAAGGCGGGGAUGAGGAGGAGGACGAGAUGGAAAGAACUCAUAAGAGGGUCGAUACUCUCGUCGCCAAGAGCGGCUUGUUUGUGGCCCGUAUCUCGGACAAGGAGAAGCAGGCUUCUCAAAAGGCCAAACAAACCGCCAAAGUCGCCAAGGAGGCCACCCCACCACCACCACCACCACCACCACCACCACCAUCUACCCUUAUUUCUACCUCCAAGAACAACAACACCGAAGACGUCCAAAAUGUACAAUAA